AUGACGAAGAACGCUUCCACUCCAAAUCCAGAAACAAUACGAACGGCUUUGGAGGAAGCCAGGAACAGCGAAGAUGGCCGUAUCGACCCUAGGAUGAUCUCCGUUCUCGAAACAGCUAUUAGUGAAGUCUGGCGCAAGGUACAAGCGGAGCCCGAUACAUAUGUUUUAACCCGUGCCGAGUUUGCGCUCUUCAACUUCUUUCUCAUCCGAUAUCGUGGCCCAGUUGCUCAGCGCGCUGUGGAGCGAUAUUGGAACAAUUUCAACAGACAGCCCCUGGAGAUUACUGCUGGCCUUCGAUCGCCCUCGAAUUUCCUUUAUGACCAGAGACCUUUGGCUCAAAGACGUUUUUUAGUUGCAAAUCUUCGCCCUAAUCAUUUAUACCUUACUUUAUUUCGCCAUUCCGCAACCUAG